AUGUAUGAUAGUGAUGGUUCUGUGUGUAUGCAUGGUGAUGGUUCUAUAUGUAUGCAUGGUGAUGGUUCUGUGUGUAUGGAUGGUAAUGGUUCUGUAUGUAUACAUGGUCAUGGUUCUGUAUGUAUGCAUGGUGAUGGUUCUAAAUUUAUGGAUGGUGGUGGUUAUGUGUGUGUGCAUGGUGAUGGUUUUGUAUUUAUGCAUGGUGAUGGUUUUGCAUGUAUGCAUGGUGAUGGUUCUGAAUGUAUGCAUGGUGAUGGUUCAGCAUGUAUUCAUGGUGAUGUUUCUAUAUGUAUGCAUGGUGAUGGUUCUGUGUGUAUGCAUGGUGAUGGGUUCUGUGUAUAUGCAUGGUGA